GCAGGACGCACGCGGCGGGCGCGGGGCUCGGCAGCAUGUCGGUCAGCAGGAAGGACUGGUCCGCGCUGUCCAGCUUGGCCCUGCAGCGGUCUCUGGAGGAUGAAGAGGAGCAGGAGCGGGAACGCAGGCGACGACACCGCAGCCUGAGUUCAACCACGGACAGUGAGUCUCCCAGGCUCACCCAGAAUGGAACCCAGCGGGCUGCCGAGAGGCUGCCAGGCGUGGAAGAAGCAGAAGAUCCCAAGCCGCCAGCCCGGGCCUCCAAAGAGGAGGAUGAGGACUUCCAGGCCAUCCUCAGGACCCGGAAGGAGCGGAGGCAGAGGCGGCAGCUGGUGGAGACUGCCCAGGCCCCCGUGCAGGAGAGUCGGGAGGUGGAGGCGGGAAAGGACAGCCCGGGCCCUGAGCAGACCGUGCAGCAGCCCUCUGUGCCCAAGAAGGAACCGGAGCCUUUGCCUCGCCGGAGACUGAGCCAAAAGCAGCGGGGCCCGUGGGCCGGGAUGGGAGAGGCUGGCACCGAGAAGGAGGAGCCGCCGGAGGAGGCAGAGGCCCCACAGAAGACCUCCGUCUCGGAGAGACGCCUCGUGCCCGAGAAAAGCGCCGUGCCCACCAAGAGACUGUCCUCAGAGAAAGCCCGCGUCCCCGAGAAGGGGCCGGCCGCAGAGCGGGCACCCCUGACUGGGAAGAGAUGCGGCUCCGAGGAGUCGGUUCCAGCCAGAACCAGGGCCUCAGAGACGUCGCCAGUGCCUGAGAAGACACCGGUGACCCCGAAGACGGCCGCACCAGAGAAAAGGUCUCCGGAGAAGAAGCCGGCUCUAGAAAAAGCCAGCGUCUUGGACAAGAUGCCAGAGAGGAGGCUGGUAUCAGAAAGAGCAUCCAUCUUUGAGAAGCCCGUGGCCUCAGAGACAAAGCUGGCCCCAAAGAAGGCGGUGACCCCAGAGGAGCCCCAGGCCCCUGGGGGAAGCCAGGCUACCACUGGGGAGCCCACGGGGCGGGCCGUCCCUGGGAAGAGCACACCUUCUUCGGCAGAGCAGAGGGUGGCAGACCCUCCAACUAUGGCUUCUCGCCUCCCACCCAUCACCCUCCAGGUAAAAAUUCCCAGGAAGGAUGAAGAGACAGACACAUCUUCGCCCACCCUGCUCACCUAUAGCAGCUCCCUCAAACGCUCCAGUCCCAGGACCAUCUCCUUCCGGAUGAGCCCCAGGAAAGACAACUCAGAAACAACCUUAACCCGCAGUGCCAGCGUGAGGCUUCCAGCGAGCACUGUGAAGCUAGGAGAGAAGCUGGAGCGAUACCACACCGCCGUACAGAGAUCAGAGUCUGUUAGGGCUCCAAGCAACUCCCGUACUGAGUUCUUUGUGGCUCCUGCAGGAGUGGCCAGCAGACGCCACCUCUUUGAGAAGGAACUGGCAGGCCAGAGCCGUGCUGAACCAGCCUCCAGUCGGAAGGAGAAUCUGCGACUGUCAGGGGUUGUGACAUCACGGCUCAACUUGUGGAUCAGCAAGACCCAGGAGUCUGGAGACCAGACCCCACAGGAAGUGCAGAGAGAGACUGUAGUCUCCAGGAGGACUCAGUGGGGAAACAAACCGACUGCCUCUCUGGAUGAAGAGGUGUGACAAGCCCUGCCAAGACAGACCUGCAAGCCAGCAUCCCUGGGGCCCUUCCCUAUGCCAGGCCCUGCCCCGCAGCAGCAUCCCUGUCUCUCAGCACCGCUUGUUUCUUUCCUGCCUCCGGACCAGCUUGGCUGGGGCCCCUAGAGGCCAGGAACAUCCGACACUCAUCUAGCUCCUUCCCAGACCAGCCAGCAGUCCCGCGUGCCCUGGCAGCUUCUUAUCCUGCAGGCCCAGCAGAUCCUGGACCCAACAGAGCUCAGUUCAGAGCACUGGCAUACAUGCCAGUCGUGGAGCCUCCAUGGCCUGCCUAGAGAUGUCCCCUCCCUCCUGCCCACUUCCAAGGGCAGGGCUGGGCAUUCUGACACCUCUGCGGUCACCUGUCUCUCCUGCUCCCAGCGUGUGCUCCAUGUGCCUAUGACAUCCCCACCAUGAGGUCUGGACCUACUCAUUGGGUCCCUGAGGUCUGCUCAGACCAUUCUGGGAAGGAAGCACCAAGCACCACCCAUGUGCCCCAUCACCCUGCUUUGUACCCUUUCCUGUACUGCCCUCUUCAGGAGCUAAGUGCCUUUUUGGGACCAAUCAACUCCCCCCACCCCCACACGGAGAACCCUGGUGUCAGGGAUGAUCUGAUAAACCCAUUCACUGUUGGGAA